GUGGAAUGAGUUUUAUCAAACGGUGUUUUAGAUUAUCAAGGUGCAAUAUGAAGAGCAACAGUUACAUUCAAAUUAUAUAUUUCGGUAUACUCUACUUAUUUUUUCUUAUGCUGUAUUUGCUUUCAUCUGUUGAGAGCAUGCUGCUUAAAAAAAAAGGUAGCUGUAAAAUGUCUUGAUGCAACGGAGGCUACGACAUAGCAUUUCAAUCUCCGGUAGCCCAUGGCUUGAGGUGCGCUGUUAUGGAUAUGCAUGCAAGUCAUGUCGCAACCUGUAUUAAUCGUCACUGGAGCAUCACGAGGAAUAGGAAAAGCUGUAGCUCUUUCUGCUAUCAAGUCGCUCAACGCUAACGUAUUAGCCGUUGCUCGCUCGAAAGAUCUUCUUGAAGUCUUGAAGCAAGAUGUUGAUAAAUGUGGAAAAGGUCAUUGUCUCGAAAUUGUAGUCGGUGACCUGACCGACGAGAGGGUCGUGACUAGAGCGAUUGAUCGUGCUAUAGAUAGAUGGGGGCGCAUUGAUGGCGUUGUCGCAAACGCAGGAGUUCUAGAGCCAAUGGCUCUAGUGGAAGAUGCCCCGGUUCAAGGAUGGAAGAAGCUCUUCGAUAUCAAUCUCUUUUCUAUCAUCACAUUGGUACAAGAGGCGCUUUCGCAUCUCAAAAAGACCAACGGAAGAAUCAUCAAUGUUUCUUCAGGUGCGGCUACGAAGGCUUAUAGAGGAUGGGGAGCAUACGGAGCUUCCAAGGCUGCCUUGAAUCACCUUACCGAAACUCUAGCAGUUGAAGAACCCAAUAUCACGACUAUUGCUAUUCGACCAGGAGUUGUCGAUACAGAUAUGCAAGGUCUGAUUCGCCAAGAAGGUAAAGCUUCCAUGGGUGAUUUUCACAGCAAGUUCGUUGAUCUUCACGAACAAGGAAAGCUAGUCGACCCCCAAGACUGUGGUCAUGUCAUUGCUUCAUUGAGUAUCAGCGGUAGUAAAGACCUUUCCGGAAAGUUUCUUAGCUGGGACGACGACAGUUUGAUUGAACAUAGGCGAAAGAAUUGAAGAAUUCAAAGUUUUGCUAUUAGACAGAGGAUGGUAUAUGGAGCGAAGAGAAGGAGCUCCCGAUUAGUGUGAUGGUUUGAUAAAGCAUAUAAUAGAUCGAAUGCGCACCAUGCUAUCAUUUUUUUUUCAUCACGAA